GUCGCGCGGGCGGGCGCGGCGUCCGGAGCGCGGCGCGUUUCCCCUGAGGGCUGUCGGCCCAGAGCUGCGCUCCACCCCUCACCUGUCUGCGCUGUCCCAGUGACAGCGGCCAUUCUCAGUGGCGUGACCUCUUAAGGACAUGCUGUUGUGUCAUUGAUGACCUCAAUUUGCCCCCUUAGCUCCAAAGCCAGUAGUAGCGCAGGGGAAACGGUGGGACGGGGAUCGGCCCCCCGAACCCUUGAGUCCUUGCUAAAUUAAAUUCCUGGAUAGAAAUGCCCGUUUUAACAGCCACCGCCCCCCGUUUUGCCUUCAGGUAUAGGAUUUUUUUCUUCCCAAUGAAACACUGGUGCCUAGUGUGUUUGGAACGGCCACAACAGUGGAGGCACUCUUGGAGGAGUAUUUGCAUUUCGGGAUUAAGCCCAGCGCUGCUCCCUCUCUCCUCCGCGGUCUCUGCUCUGCUUCACAGUAUCGCUGUAUGGGAUGGGCUUCCAGGAGGGUUUCUGCUCCCUAAACUGGCUGUGAUUAUUGUGAUGGAGCAAGGAAAGGAACUGUUGGUGGCAGAGUCUAAAGGUUUCACCAAGAGGGAAAAUUUGAGAGUCGUCUUUUCAGGAGAUGAAAGUAAGAAUAUUAUGGGAACUGCGCAACACAAUACUCCUCAGGCAGAGAAACUCUGUCUUAAAGAUAGACUUUCAAAAUGGCCUAAACAUCAUGGACCAGAGAAUAUUAAGAAUGAGGAUACAAAAGAAGCACCAUUAGCAUGGUCCCAAGAAGAUGAGAUGUGGUGUCAUGAUUCCUAUGAGAAUGAUGGCAUGUCACAGUGUUGGGAAAAUUGUAUAAGAAAAGCAGAAAAACCCAACCACCAGGAAUGGGACCCGGAAGAACAUAACAGUGUCUCUGUACAGCAGAAUUCAUCCUUGGGAGAGAAACCCUACAAAUGUUUGGAAUGUUGGAAAAGCUUCAGCAAUAGUUCUCAUUUGCGUACUCAUCAGAGGACCCACUCUGGAGAAAAGCCUUAUAAAUGCUCUGAGUGUGAGAAAUGCUUCUGUAAUAGUUCUCACCUGAUCCAGCAUCUGAGAACACACACUGGGGAGAAGCCGUACCAGUGUGGCGAGUGUGGGAAAAGCUUCAGCAACACCUCCCAUCUUAUUAUCCACGAGAGGACGCACACAGGGGAGAAACCCUACAAAUGUCCCGAGUGUGGGAAGAGUUUCAGCAGCAGCUCCCACCUCAUUCAGCACCACAGAUCACACACAGGUGAGAAGCCAUACGAGUGUCCUAUCUGUGGAAAAGGCUUCAGCCACAGCUAUGUCCUAAUAGAACAUCAGAGGACUCACACUGGAGAAAAGCCCUACAAGUGCCCCGACUGUGGAAAGAGCUUCAGUCAAAGUUCCAGUCUGAUCCGCCACCAGCGGACACACACAGGUGAGAAGCCCUACAAAUGUCCUGAAUGUGGAAAAGGUUUUGGUUGUAAUUCUACUCUAAUUAAGCAUCAGAGAAUCCAUACGGGAGAAAAACCCUAUCCCUGUGCAGAAUGUGGGAAGAAUUUUAGUCGAAGCUCCAACCUUAUAGCACACCAGAAAACGCACACAGGAGAGAAGUCCUGUGGAAAUUCUGAAUAUGAGGAAAGUGUGCAUCAGGACUGCAGUGUGGUAGAGGACUGCAGAGUCCAGCCAGGAGAGAAGCCCUAUAAAUGCUGUGAAUGUGGGAAGAGUUUCGGCCUUAGCUCCCACCUCAUUAGACAUCAGAGAACGCACACAGGGGAGAAGCCUUACAGGUGUUCUGAGUGCUGGAAGACUUUCAGUCAGAGUUCCACCCUAGUGAUCCACCAGAGGACUCACACAGGAGAGAAGCCAUAUAAAUGCCCCGACUGUGGUGAGUGCUUCAGUCAAAGCUUUAACCUCAUCAGGCACCGAAGGACCCACAUAGGAGAAAAACCUUACAAAUGUCCCGACUGUGAGAAAUGCUUCAGCAGAAGUGCCUAUCUCAGUCAGCAUCGGAAAAUUCACAUGGAAAAGUCUCUUGAGUCUCCUAAAGUGGGGGGUUUCCUUCAUGAGUGGAUGUGGAAAAGCUGUUCAGGGAAAAUGGCCCUCCUCCCUUCAUUUUCAGUCUCAAAUUCAUCUUCUACCUGAGUUCCACGGAUGUUUCAUGCUGUCCCCCCCCCCCCAUUAUUAGGAAGGUAUUUGGUGAUAAUUGUGCUCUAAGGUUUAUUGGUGUGUUUCCCAAAGUCAACCUCUCUGUUUAGAGGGAAAAACAAAUCCACUGGCUACCUAAUCUGUCCAGGGAGAGGCCACCAAAGACUGAGGAGGAACUUUUAAAAUGUAAAGUGAGGUAGGAAUGGCUUCAGAUGGAAAUGGAGAGUAAUCCUGGGAGUGAGCCAAAAGACCUGAUGCUAGAAUUGCCAUUGAAUCACCUCAUUUCCUUUUGUCUUAUUGAGUGUAGACAGAGCAUUAUUGUUCUUAAGAGUUUACCCAGAAAAGUUCAUUUUGAACAAAUAAUGCCAUUACCUGGCUGUUUUUGGAGGUCUUAAGAAGAGAUGUACUUUUUCCAAAUUCAUUUUUAUUUUCUAAAAAUGAAUUUGCUUCUAGAACCCUGUGUCCAUUACCAUAGCUUUUAGCCAUAUAUGGCUACUUACACUUAUGUUGAUUAAAUGAAAUUUAAAAUCCAAUUCCUUAGUCAACUAGCUCCUUGAAAAGUGCUCAGUAGCCACAUAUGACUAGUGGCUGUUGUAUGGGAUAUCAUCAUAGAAAGUUCUUUAUUUCAAGAUCAUCAUUCUAGAGAGACUCAUAAGUCUUUCCUUUCAGGGUAGGAAUGCACUCUGGGGUUUUGCUCUCCAAUAGGAAUUGAAAUAGAAUAGAAAUGGAAUAGUUUUGAAAGCACUGGGUCAAGAAAGUGGGUAUUCUAGUGACUCUGUGUUCUCAUUUAUGUUCCACCAACUGGGUUAUGUAGUGAUAAAACAUCAUUGUCUUGACUAAAGCCAGGAUAGGAAGUAGGAUCCUGAGUUAUUCUGUUUUUAAAUUUUAGAUAAUCUUUUGCCUGAAUUUUCUCUUCAUGUUAUUCCUGAUUAGAUUAGGAACUGGAUUCUUUUUCUAAUAAUUAACACAUUAAUUCUGAGCCAGUGUCCAAGAAUAGUUUCUUUGAACACUGAUAUUCUUUAGCUCCAAGACUGGCUGUUUUCUUGGGCCUCUUGACAUACUUGGUCUGGGGAUCUGAUGAUUGCCAUCAUCAGUUCUAUAGGAAUGAUGCUUUGGGAGGUAUUAGAUAUAUCCUAUUCCCCUCUCUCACUUUUUCCUACAAUUGUGAAACGUAAACGUGUAAAAGUUCAGAAUUCCUCUGAGUUGCCCAGGAUUGCAUUUUAUUGUGGGAUUCAAAAUAUUAUGAAGAAUAUGUCAAAAUGGUAUUUUAGGAACGUGAAGUUAGACAGGACCGACUGCUGAAAAGGUUGUAGCUGACAGGUAAUUGGUUUGUAUGAGGAUUUUUUCAUCUUUCAUGCUUGUGGCACACGUGUCCUUUAGUAUUGUUAUAUGAUUAAAAAAAGAAAAAAAGCUAAUAAAGGAAUUUAAGAUAUAUUUGGGGGUGGUUUUCUGCUUUCAGAAUUUUUUUUUUUUAUGUGACUCCCACCUAUGCAUCUUUCUGCCUUUGUAUGUUAUAUAGUAAACCCCAAGUUAUCUUAAGUUGUAAUAUCUCAGGGCAAGUUUUGAUAGUAUUUUUUUUUUUUUGCCACAGAAAGCUGAGAGUUCAAUUAAUGAUUGGUAAUUAAAUUAUGAGUUUAGGGCUGGGGAUGUGGCUCAAGCAGUAGCGCGCUCGCCUGGCAUGCAUGCGGCCCGGGUUCGAUCCUCAGCACCACAUACAAAGAUGUUGUGUCUGCCGAAAACUAGAAAAUAAAUACUAAAAAAUUCUCUCUCUCUCUCUCUCUCUCUCUCUCUCUCUCUCUUUUUAAAAUAAAUAAAUAAAUAAAUGAAUUAUGUGUUUAUUAACAAGGCUGAAAUUUAGUAUCAAGGCAGCAGCUAUGAGGCUAAUCACAUGAUCUAUGGCAAGUGGCCCCUCUGAGCCUCAGUUCCUUCCUCUGUAAAAUGAGGAUAAUGCCUACCUUGCAAGGUUGGUAUAAGAAUUAAAUGUUUACAAAAGUUCUGCCAGAAAGCUUAAAAUAAAAUGCGGUUAAUAUAAAUAUUAA